UAAAGCGAGCUCUGCAAGAGGACGGCAAUGUUGUUGUUUCAUGAUGUAUAUUGAGCGUAGAAUACGUUUCGUGUUAUGCAUUUGAACACAACGUCGGGUUAGAUGUGUAAAUGUAGAUCUGAAUUUGAUGAAAGAGCAAAGUGAAAACCUUUUUAUCAGUCGUCAGGCAACAUAUCGCCUCGGAGGGGAGUGUGAUAGACAUGACAUGAAGUAGCAUUAUGGAAAUGCGUGUUCUUCUGUUUGAAGUUGAUGUGUAUGGUAUAUCAAUGUCAUCAUAUUAACUUUUGUCGGUCGAAUGCAUCUGUGGAGCGCUUGUUUUGUCGUAAUGCCGCAUACACUUCCUUUAUUUGGAUUAUAUUGGUUGGCAGUGAUGAUGGUGGCAGUGGUCUUUAGGACUGCAAUAUUGCAGAUCAUGUGUGCAAAUGCAUUGUUAUUCCACUUGGCUCUUCAGGAUGCCUACAAACAUUGAAUAGGAUCAUGAAUCAGACCCUCAUGUCUGUCAUCUGUGUACCCAGAAAGAGGAAAAUGUCCAGACCAAAACUAAACCCUCAGACAUCAGAUGGCAUAAAGGAGUUGGGGAAAGAAGCUGAAGGGAGUGGAAUGGUAACAUCGGAAAAUGAGGGAACAAGCUCCCAGAAAAUAAAGAGAUCUUGCACCAGAAAAAAGUACCAUGAUCUCCAGCCUGUGGUCAUUGGACCUACAGAGGAUUCAGCCAGUGGGUCAUCUUGCAUUUCGGUUAUCACUUCCACUCUGGUGAAUGGCUUAGAAUGUCAACAUGCACCCACUGGCCUCACCAGCUCCUGCAGAAUAGUGGGGGAAAUGGAUGAAUCCAGUUCAGAGACUACAGAAGAGACAGAUUUUUUGUUGAAGAAGGAACGGAAGAUGGAGGAAGUUGGUCAGCCCCCGUUAAAAAGGUACAAUGAGGAAGUAAAACAGACAGUACCUGUUAUAGUUCCCGAUGCUCAAUUCACUCAGAAAAAUCAGAUAGCGAACAGCAAACAGGAACAGAAAGAACUUCAGUACACCAAGAAAGAGGCUCGUGUUUAUCCUCCAGGAAGUCAGGAGGAGAGAUGGCAGUUGCAGAUUUUGGCAAAGGGUCGAGUAACCUGUCCAAAAUGUAAAAGCGUUGGAAGAAAGACUGUUGAGGGCUUAAAGAAGCAUAUGGAAACCUGCAAACUGAAUCCCUUUACAUGUCCACACUGUAGGAAACAACUGAAAACUUCUACUGAAAUGAAGUACCACCUCAUGGCUGACCACAACAACCUGCCCAUUCCAGAUACCGGGAAUGACUUUGCUGACCAAGCCGUGAAGGAGAAACUACGGAAAGUACUGAAGAGGAUGGGAAAAUUAAAAUGUUCAAAAGAGGGAUGCACUGGCAGUUUUACUAGUAUAAUGGGUUAUGUGUACCACAUGAAAAAAUGUGGCAAAGAGGAGUCAGAGUUGGAGAAACUGUCAUUGAACUGUAAACACUGUGGAAAAGCAUAUCGUUCCAGAGCAGGCCUGGAGUACCACAUCAAGAAUGAGCACAGUCCAACACCCCAGGAAAAUGAAGUAGAAGAGGUGAAGACACAGAAAGAGCCCAUCCUAGAACGUACACAGAGCGGACGGGUCAAGCGUUUGUCGGCGCAGGUGGCCGUGUUCCACCUGAGGGAGAUCGCCAGUGAGGAGCUUCUGAAAGAGUGGCCCAAAAGGAAAGUGCAGCAUGACCUGGUGCCAGACGACAGGAAGCUGAAGUAUUCCCGUCCUGGGUUACCUGCUUUCAGUCAAGAUACUCUGCGCAAGUGGAAGAAUGAAGUCAAACUGCAUAAAAAAGUGCAAUGUCCGAACAAGGGUUGUGACUGCUUCUAUACCAGUGUAUCUGGCCUAAAGGCUCACCUUGGGCUAUGUUCCUUGGGUGAAUUUGAAACAGGAAAAUAUAAACGCUUGAUAUGCAAGAAAGAAUUCAACUCUGAAAGUGGAGUGAAGUACCACAUCAAUUCCAUUCACUCUCAGGACUGGUUUGUUGUGAGGUCCAAAGCCAAGAGUUCCAAAUUUGAUAAACUGCACUCAGUCAAGACUCCACUAAAGGAAGACUCCAUGAAGCAUUUAGAUCUUCCCUUACCAAACCCAGCCCUCAGUUUUCCCCAGGGCCCCAACACCUGGCAAGACAGACAGACAUCAGCAGCGCCAAUGUCAAGUGGAACAACAAAUCCAGGAAUGAAGACAACGAAGAGGAAGGAAGGCAGAAACAGCAGGAAGGAAAAAACGAGCACCCAGGAGAAAGACUGCUAUGAAUUCAGCGGCAGUGACAGUCAGAGAAGCAGCAGCAGCAGUAGUGAGAGUUCAAGCAGUGAAUAAGAGGCUGAAGACACAGCUGACCACAGACAAGACGACUGGGCCCACAGUAGACCCCUCGUAAAGCCUGGGUCCAGCCAGCAGCCUGAAAGUCAUUUAUAAACCCUCCAUGUUCUUUAUUUGAAAUAUGUGGUCAGGGCACUGCUGGUAGGGACAACUCAUAGGGUCGUUCCAGACGAAAGUGAGCAACUGAAUCCCUUCAUGAAGGGUCCUUCCACAAGACCGUUAGUGAAGAGUGUAUUCAUGUAAACAUUUUAAUUUCCUUUCUACCAUAUUUACAAGUCAUCAAUUUCAAAAAGUUAGUUUUAUAAUGAAAUAAAUUAAUAUAGUAUACCCUCCCUAGCAACCAGGCCACUUUGGUUGCUUAGGAGACCUGGCUGGAGUCAAACUCACGACUCCAGGGGUGGUAGUCAGCAUCAAUACUCGCUGAGCUGCCAAGGCCCCAUGUGAAUAAAGCUAUUUAUUUGCUUUAAAUAAUGUAUACAUAUUAAGACUUUUAGUGUAUUUUGUUUUAUUGUGUUGUAGAGAGCACUGUUUAUUUAUCUCUUGAUGUGCACUAUUCACAGUGGACUAGCAGCUGACUUGUUGUUGCAGUAUGCUUUGCAUGUAAUGAUGUUCAUGUAUGCUGCUGUGUUGUAAUAUUAUUGAAUGUGGAUAUGUCUCUACAGAUGAUAGAAGUCAUGAUACUCUGUGAUAUGCCAAGUAUGCAGAUUCAUUGCACGGUUCCUGGAUGUCAGGGAGAAGAUGGGACUGGAGUUUCGGAUGGAAAAAGCUUAAAUAUUGUACAUUUGAAAAGCUGCGUUUCCUUGGAUUAAAAUCAAUGAUAUUGGUUUGUCUGGUUGUCUUUUUGUGUAAUACACAAACCAGUUUUAGAAAAUGCCAUCACACAAUAUGUACUUUUUUAUUAUUUAAGUCUC